AUGAUAUUUAAGGAUGGAGUCACACAGAAAAAAGAAGUUGGUGUCAUUGACUGGAUGUCGACGCUUCCGCCUGAACGUCAACAUGCUCCUCUGUGGGAUCUGGCCAUACCAGGCAGCCAUGACACUAUGAGUUAUGACUUGGACAUCAACUCUGCAAUAAUAGGACCUACCAUCCUGACGAAAUUUGGCAAAAUCCGUUGGGUCCGCAAAAUAGUCAAAAAAUGGGGCACCACACAGGAGGUGAACGUCACAGAACAACUGGAUGCAGGGGUUCGUUUCCUGGACCUGAGGGUUGCACAUAAGCCAGAUGACCCCGACCCGACCAGGACAUACUUCUACCACGGCCUGUACACGGUCACUGAUGUUGAGUCUGCUCUGAGGGACAUAAAUAUCUGGGCAGAGAAUCACUCCACGGAGAUCCUCAUCCUGGCUUUGUCCCACUUCAAAGGAUUUAACAGGACAGUCCACAACCAUCUCAUCAGCUUCAUCAAGGGAUUAUUUGGACAAAAACUCAUCUUAAAAACGGACAUUCCAACACUUAAUCGCUGCUGGGACCUCCAGAGAAAUGUCAUCGUGUCAUAUGACGCUGAUGCAGAAGUUCGGACACAUCCUGAGUUGCGGGGUAAAAUCCCAUAUUACUACGGCGACACUAUGGACCCUGCAAAAGUAAAGAAACAACUGUCCAAGGAUCUGAAAACUGCUCCGUCUAACAAGUUCUUCGCCUGUGGCUUGAACUUGACUCUUCCGGAAAAUGCCAGUGCGCUCAAGUACAUCUUACGCUGGAAAAGCCUUUUCGUGGUCACACUGAAGAACCUCCCACAGCUGGUGAUGUGGGUGCAGAGACAAGCUCAGAUAACGGACCUGAACAUCGUAGCGUCAGAUUUCGUGACACAGGCCAACUUCAUCUCAACGAUCAUCCAGCUAAAUACCUAAAAUGUACGUUUACGUCAUAGGCCAGGUUCAGACUACAGCCAAAUGUGGACUAAAUCCCUUUUUUUUUUUGCCCAUAUGUGACCUGUAUCCAAUCUGUUAAAGACAGUUGGAACAGCACAAAGCCAGUUUAGUCAAAUCCGACCCAGGCCACUUUCAUAUGUGGUCCUAAACCUGAUACGUAUCUGAUAAUUUGGAAUGUGACUUCAGCCUGAAUGGUCAGGUUGCAUUUUAUCCGACCUUUAUAUCACUGAAAUGCGACAAACGUCACAAUUCUGCGUUCCACUGUGUUUGCAU